GUUUGAUGUGAAUGUUCAGAAGCUAGACAGAGUCAAAUAAUAAUACAUUCCUGUUUUCUUUAGAUCAGUAGAUACUUGAUCCAAGGUAAAGGGUAAUGAUGUCUGGCAAUUCAAGAGGAAAGAUCUCUGAAAUUGCUCCAAGAUCAUUUGAAGAGUCCUAUGGUCUUUUUCAAAAAUAUGCAGAUGGAGCAUCAUCAAUAUUGUCAACACCUUGCAAAGAUGCAGAGGAGUGUGAUGGUUGGCAACAGUUCAGAUUGUUCCCAUCCAGCUCUUCUGAGAUAAGCUACGGUUCCUAUGAAUUCUUUGGUCUUGGAGCCCCAAAUGCUGGACAUGACGGAAGUUCCUGUGAUGGCACACAGACCACUGGUCUGAUGGAUGAUAUGCUGUUAGACUGCCGUUUGCCUUAUCUAGGUUCCUCUAGGAGGUCCAGGUCCCCAUUUUCAGACAGUGAUAGCAGUCAGUACACCUCCUUCAGUGACAUCUCAAGCUCAUCCACUUUAUUUGACACACCAUGCACGAAGCCUAGACCCAUUGGCUCGCGUGGGAGAGGAGGAGAUACUGCUGCAAUGUGUAGAGCGAAAAGCAGAGGGAUUUUCAGGUCGACAGGUGCCAGUAACAUCCAGAGCUUUUAUUCUAACAUGGCUACACCAGCAUCUCGCGGUACAAAGCGGAUGCUGAUGGCUCCAGUUCCUCCGAGCAAGUUUGCCAAGAAGCAGCGGGUUGAAUUGAGCAUCAGGGCAGGACUGAAUUUUUCAAAGGACAGUCAUAUUUCCUCUGAUGGAAAGGAUGUGAAAGGAACAGAAGCUGUGGAGGAGAAGCGUGUUCGAGUCAGAGAGAAGAGAAGACGUAGACGAGAGAAGAACUGUGAAAAAUAUGGAGACAAGCACAGAUUAGCUUUCACAUGUGCCUUUUGUAAAUUUCGCACGUUUGAAGACAAAGACAUUGAGAAGCACUUUGGAAGCACAUAUCACCACGAAACACUGGACUACAUUCGAAGACAGGCCAAGUUUGAUGACCGGGUCAUUAGCUUUCUCCAUGACUGCAUGGUACACAAGUUUCGUAAGACAGUGUCUGCUUUGUGCAAGCUGCGCAGCCUUUCAGAACAGAAAGUGAACCAGAAAGUGAUGGAAGGGGUGACUGAGGAUGACUACAUGCGGAAGGUGGAAGUGGUGCACUGUAUGGCCUGCAACAUUUACAUUCCUGCUGUCUUUGCUUCUGUCCAGCAGCAUCGCCGUUCCCCUCUACACCUAAAAACCAAAGUGAUGUACAAAGAGCAGCUGAAACGGGAGAGCGUGCUGACAGCUAAAGCCAUAAUAAAUAAUGACACUGUUAAAAUCCGCUAUGAGAAAUACAUCAAGGGAGAAGACCCUUUCGUAGUGGAUGCCAAAGACGACACAAGCUCAGAUUUGUCUGAACCCGAGAUCGAAAAUGAGGACUAAAAACGAACAUACUCCGAUGCUUGAUAUACACGUGUUCACUCAAUCCAUGUGACUGCAUCCAACAUUAGGAUCUGUAAAGGUGUCAGAUUAGCAAAAAUAGUUCAGUUGGAUAUGGUACCUCUCAAAGUAAGUGUUAAUCAAUCAGUUAAACAUUAAUUACAGGUGUUAAUGUGUAUAAUAUUGGGAAAGAGAUGGUAACUGUUAAGUAAUGUUUUUGUUGAGUAUUAUGUAUGUUUGUGUGGAUUGUGUGUGGGGCAAUGCAUGCAUUGAAAUUCUUAUGCCAUGCUUUUUCAAACCCUUUCUUGCUAGUUUCUAGUCCCUGUAGUGCUGUGCCAUUUCUGAGGAACUUUUGAAUAUGCCUUUAAAAAUGUUUUGUGUCAGUGAGCUGUUGUAUGUCCACUGUUGUAUUGAAAGUACACAAAUUGCCCCCCCCUUCACCCUACCUCAUCUCCCCAACUCAUCCAUUCACUCAUUACUCUUUUAUAUGUAUCUUUGCAAAGUAGGUAAUCGGUAUGAAACUGCACAAGCCAGAUCUGUUCAUUUGCAUGUAUAUAAGUUAUAAAUAAAAUAGAUAUGAAUAUAAUAAAUUAAAAGGCUUGAUACCUAACCUAAAUGUAGACUGAUAAUUUAUUCAUGUGACACUAAUGAUUUUCAUACCGAUGAAUCAAAUACCUGCCCAGGACAUACAGAGCUGUCCGUCAUUUAUAAAUGGAAGCAGGUUUGUUCUAAUUGCUUUAUGUUUAUUACAACAAUCUGACUACCUUACUUUGAACAAAGACAUGUUUUAUUUAUCUAGUAAUAUUUAGGUCAGCCACUUAAUAUUCAAUCCACACGUGUACAAUAACCGGUUUGUUAAGAUGAGCACAAUAAAGCACCCUUCUGAUUCACAUUCAUGAUACUCUGUGCCCAUGUUAAACAAAGACUGAGGGAUCUUCAGACAUGCCUAACGGACUGUAAUUUUUAUAAUCAGCUAACGCAACAUGUUCCUUGCAGACUAUCUCAAUUUUAGAUACCUCUUAGAUGUAGGAUUGCUUUUAGACUGCUGCUACUAAGGAUAAGCCUUUAAAAAAUAGACACACCUAUGGUGUCUGAAUCCGACAUAUCUCAUGGUCUAAAGGGCUUCUGAGUCGCUUGCAGAGGCCUGUUAUGGCAAUGUCAUCAUACUGAGGAGUCAAGUCACCUCCUCCACAGAGAACACAUCAUUAUUUUCUUUGCAUCAUGAUGCCCCC